GCCGCAUCGCUCCGCACACCGCACCCUAUAAUGUUGAGGCCGCGAUCAAUCAGACCACUGUCGCGGGGACUCGGCCAAGCCUCUGCCUCUCUUACAAAAGCUGCAUCAUGCGCAGGUAGACGCGGGCUGGCAACGGUGGUCGCCGAGGAGAAGGAUCCUGUGGAACUCGACCAAAUCACAACCCUGCCUAAUGGCAUCCGCGUCGCGACCGAGGCCCUUCCCGGUCACUUUUCCGGUGUUGGUGUCUAUGUCGACGCCGGUUCGAGAUACGAAAACGACGCGCUGCGGGGCGUGAGCCACAUCAUAGACCGCCUCGCGUUCAAGUCAACAACCUCCAAGACUGGCCUCCAAAUCGCAGAGGCCGCUGAGCAACUAGGCGGCAACAUCCAGUGUGCAUCGUCGCGCGAGUCACUCAUGUACCAGGCCGCCACCUUCAACUCCGCCGUACCGACCACCGUGGGCCUUCUCGCCGAUACCAUCCGCAACCCAGUCGUCACCGAGGAAGAGGUCCAGCAGCAGCUGGAGACGGCCGACUACGAGAUUGGCGAGAUAUGGUCGAAGCCGGAGCUGAUUCUACCCGAGUUAGUACACAUGGCGGCUUACAAGGAUAACACCCUGGGCAAUCCGCUGCUGUGCCCGAAAGAGAGGUUACCUCACAUUAACCGCGCAGUGGUGGAGGCAUAUCGCAAGGAGUUUUACAAGCCGGAGAGAAUGGUUCUUGCGUUUGCUGGCGUAGAGCACGCAGAGGCUGUCCGCCUAGCAGAGCAACAUUUCGGCGACAUGGAAAAAGGCACCGGGCCCUCACUCGUUGGCAUUGGCGAGGAAAGCACCAUUACAGAACAACCGACCUUCACAGCAUCGCACCCCACACCAACCGGCGCUCCUCCGCAAUCUUCGAAGCUCCUCUCCAAGAUACCCUUUUUCAAGAAUCUCUCCACCUCCGCAACGUCGAACGCUUCCGUGAACACAUCCUUCGAUCUCAACUUCCCUCCGAUAGAUACGUCCAUCCCGUCGCACUACACCGGCGGCUUCCUCACCCUCCCUCCGAUUCCCCCUCCGCUAAACCCCUAUCUUCCUCGUCUCUCGCACAUCCACAUCGCUUUCGAAGCACUUCCCAUCUCCUCGCCCGACAUCUACGCGCUCGCGACGCUCCAAACACUCUUAGGUGGUGGCGGCUCAUUCAGCGCCGGUGGCCCAGGCAAGGGCAUGUACUCGCGCCUCUACACCAACGUGCUCAACCAGCAUGGCUGGAUUGAGUCGUGCAUCGCCUUCAACCACUCGUACACCGACUCCGGGCUCUUCGGCAUCGCAGCCUCGUGCGCGCCAGCACAGGUGGCUCAGAUGCUUGAAGUCAUGUGCCGCGAGCUGAGCGCGCUCGGCUCAGAGACGGGUUACGCCGUCUUAAGAGACCAGGAGGUGCAGCGCGCAAAGAAUCAGCUCAGGUCCAGUCUCCUCAUGAACCUCGAGUCGCGGAUGGUGGAGCUCGAGGAUCUCGGCAGGCAGGUUCAGGUGCACGGCCGCAAAGUCGGCGUCAAGGAGAUGUGCGCCAAGAUUGAGGCGGUCACUGUCCAGGAUCUGCGUAGGGUCGCGCGGCAAGUGUUUGGCGGCGAAGUAAAGAAUGCAGGCGAGGGGAGCGGGGCACCGACUGUAGUGCUGCAGGAGGGCGAGAUGGAGGGGCUCAAGAGGAAGGACCUCUCGUGGGAUGAGAUACAGACGAGGAUCGCCAGGUGGAAGCUGGGCAAGAGGUAGAUGUGCAACGCAUGGGACGGAGCUGUACGAUGUGCAUUGCGGGUGUAUAAUGGCUGGGCUUGUGUAUUAUAUGUGUGGCAUUUGAAGUGAGCACGGCAUGGAUGCUUCGAUAUGUAGAAUACUGUAUGCCGCUGAUGAAUGAAGCGUCGCUUACCUGACCG